AUGCCAGAGAGCCCGUCAGGACCAACUGAUUUUAAGUUCUUCAGCUUAUCCAGACCUGCUUCAAUAUCUCGAAUUGAAAUUUAUCUUCGUAAAUUUGAACUAAUAUUACGUUUCUGGCAUUUUUCCGAUAACGAAACAAGUGAUAAGUCCGAUCGUUUGUACAAAAUAAGGAAUAUUCUUGAUAAAAUUAAUUUCAAUUUCGAACAUUUACUUACACCGGGAGAAAUCAUUGCAGUAGAUGAGUCUAUGAUCCCUUUCAGAGGGAGAUUAAAAUUCCGACAAUACAUUCCAAGCAAACGACACAAGUACGGAGUUAAACUAUUCAAAAUAUGUGAUGUUAACGGUUUUACAUACAAAAUAAUUAUUUAUGAAGGAAAACAGUCUAUUUCUGGUCAAUCGUUAGGUGAAACAAUCGUACUGUCUUUAUGCGAAAAAUAUUUAGAAAAAGGUUGUAAAGAAAGAAAUCAGUUGUCACAGAUAACUUUUAUACAUCUGUUCCACUCGCUAAACAACUUUUAA